CUUCUGUGUGUACUGAUUCUCAAAGUGCGAUCACGCUCGAAGACGGCAGCAAAUAGGCGACCUGAGGCGGGGUGCGACUUCACCGUUAUUACCUUUAAUUGCAUCGUCCCUGUGUGCAGGCUUGUAUAUUCGCUAUUCGUACGAUCUGGACGAUUUUCUUUGCUCUGCGGACCAUCCUUCAAUCUAGCUAAAUUACUCUUCAAUCACUUGCUGGCUUGUCUUAUCGUGGUCUGUGCUUCAGUAACGGAGCAACAUUACUUUGUCAAUGUCAACGCCAAUACUUCCCUCUGGCAUUUAGGAGUUGCAGCUCUUUCUCCCGAAAAGUCAAUGCUUGUUCGGUAUAUCUUACUAUGCACGAAACACCCUCGUGGCAGAACGAUGUAUCUCGUAACUACGGAGCUCAUUCAGUAACGUUUGACAAAACAACCUCGGGUGUUGGAGUCGGGAAUAUGACAAAGACUGCAGUAGAAACGAUCUCCUCGUCUGCAUCUAGUGCAGGGCAUGGACGAGCCAUCGCGGUAACUGUCGGCGUCGUACUUACUGUGUUGCCGGUGGGGAUCGUUGUAAUCGCCAUUUUUAAGUGGUGGGUGGAUCGUCGUCGAGCACGAGCACAUUUGCGUGAGCCAGAUAUCUGGAGGUGUGAAAGCGUUGAGGCUAUACAUGGUAUCGGUUCCGCGAGCCACGGUGAGGCCUCCUCGCCUGUCUCUCCGAAUUUGAAACGUGUAUCAUUGAACUCUCGCCGUGUCUCUCCGUAUCCUCCGACUUUAACCUUUCCACUGGUAUGGCUUGAUCGUAACCAAUCUCAAAGUGAAACUGAAAAAUACAGACAUUAUGAAUGCACGAGCCCGGCGCGAUUCUUGCCGGUACACAAUUUGAGGGCAUUAUCGACAGUAUCGCUGAGGACACUGCCUUACACGAGGGAGUUGAAGAAGGGCGGCUUUCUGUGUCGACAGUCGGUGCGACGAUGGGGAGUAUUGGGACGUCAGCGACGCCUUCGUUCAUUAAUUCGCAAUCGUGGGGCGACGCAACACGAGUAUCAGAAAAGUUUACUUUACGUGUAGCACAUCAAGGACCUGGGGGAAGAAGACCAUUACCGGAUAUCCCUUACACUCCAUGCGUACUGGAAGAGCGAUGCUGUCGCGCUUCGUCGCGGUGGUCUUGGUCCCACCAUGCUACAUACCACGAGGAUGAGAUUGGUUUACGCGAUUCAGAACCCCUUCCUGCCUAUUCCUCCCGACGGAGUAGAAGCAGAAGUGUGAGCACAACGCGUUCACGAUCGCGGCGCUCUUCUAUGUAUGACCUCGGUGAACGUCGAAGAGGUGCGGGAAAUGGCCCCUCGAAUCUUCCAGAAUAUCCUUUGGAGCUUGGCAGAAAAGUUGCUCGAGCUUAUCCACGGGAACCUUGUGUUCCAC